AUGCAAGAAUUUUCAGCCGAAAGUAUAUCCGAACAUAAAUUAGUAAACUUUAAUAAUAUACCCAUUGAUACGGUUUCAGAAAGAAAUAUGUCCAUCCAAAAUGUAGCAGAUCAUAGUAUAACGUAUCGUGUUUCAUUGAUGAACACAAUCAAUAGUAUAGACCAAGUUUUUAAAGUGUUCAUUACGUCAACUCCUGUAAAGCCCUUUGAAUGGGCUGAGAUAAAAAUUUUGUUCAAACCUAAAACAGUGGGGCAAUCUUAUACGGAAUAUUACAUAAUAGAAGAUACAGCAGAAAAUGCUUGCAGAUUAACUGUUACGGGAAAGUGCUUUGGUCCUAAGGUAUAUCUUAAUAAGAAACAGAUUGUUUUUGAUAUAGUUAAAAAUAAAAGUGAGCAAAGACAGGAAACAAUAAAUAUAAUUAAUAGAUCAUCUGUAGAUGCCACGUACCAGUGGUUCUUACCUGUUGGUGGACAAGGAUUCUUUCAAAUUUCAACUGGUAAUUGCGGAGUUAUUCGCGCAUUUGAAAAUAUAACAACCACUGUAACAUUUUCUGGAGUUGCGCUUGGAUCUUAUACGGCGGAACUAGUUUGCUUAGUCCUUAAUCAGGAACCUUUGUACCUUAACGUAAUAGGCACUAUCACACUAUCUGGUACUCCAAUAUACAAGGCACAUAAUCAUAUUUUUGAAAAAUAUUGGAAACGAAAAAGCCGGUCCGCUCAUUUAAUGGAGAACAGCUUGAACCGUUUAAGCUACAUACCAUCGGCAUCAGUAUUCGACAGAUAUUUGGAUUUUGGUACUGGAAGUGCUACAAAUUUGACGAUGAAUAUAUCAAAGACGUUGUGCGUUACGAAUCAUGGGCAGGUUAAUGGAUGCAUACAAUGGUUGCCAGACCCCGAUAAUGUAUUUAAUAUCGACCCUGUAACUUGUGAGAUUCCGCCCAAUGAAUCAAGAUUAUUCACAGUUAGGUUUAGGCCAAGCACGGACGAUGAUGUUUUUAGUUACUUGCUAUGUGGCGACUAUCAGCAUAAGAUAUACGAUGACGAUAAUUCUGAUGUAAUAAAUUUAAAACACACGUUGUUUAGAAUUCCUUGUGUUGGUAAUACUUGGUCUCCUUGUACAGAAUGGAGAACAGAAUGGAAUUGUCCGACUGAGAUUGUUUUACCUCCAACAGUUCCAACUAGAACAGCUUUUAGUAAUUUUCUUUUAUCCAAUAAAUUGGAUGUACCUAUGCAUUUUAAGAUGGAUCCACCAGAGAAUACUAAUUUUGUCGUUUUGCCCAUGUGUGGUAUUGUGGCAGGACGUGGAUGGCAGAUAAUAACGGUUGCUUUCGAACCUAUAUCAUAUGGUGAAUAUUGUGAAUGUUGGGACCUAAUUAUAAACAGAAAUCAAAAAGCUCGUGUCAGCUUCUCAGGAAGUGCAGAGAUAAGUCAAGUAGAAAUGAUGUCCCACGGUUACAAUCCAGAUACGCACGCGAUGUAUGAGUUCCAGCCAACCAUAACUGGGUGCACUAAUUAUUGCACUGCCUACUUACAUAAUAUGACUAGAAUGGAAAUACACAUGAGGGUUCUAAACAAUGUAUCGUGGUUGGGAGCAGAUAAUUGCGGCACUUUAAUAUUAUCACCAAAAGAAAUAGUUCGCUACCAUUGGUGGUUCUUUCCUAAAGAACCGAAUAAAGUCUACAAAACCACUGUCACGUGUUCUUUUGUUUGUUUAAUUGAUGGAAAACCAGUUGGAGAGCCAACUGAGGUAUUCACCCAGAUAAAUGGGUUUUCAGAGUUACCAGAUUUAAGGGUCUUGCCGAAAACUUUAAAUAUUCACGAUAUAGUCGUUGGUGAAAAGGUCACGUUUAGUAUCACAUUAUAUAACUAUGGGUCGUGUUACUUUACGUCGAAAUUAUAUCAUGUCAUCGACGGAAUGGGAGACGAUUUUAAAGGAGAUAAGUUUGAAAUUGAUUCGUCCAUUAAUAGUCUGAAGCCUUCGAAUCACUGUGAAGUGAAACUAACAGUAACGGCAGAUGGAGCUGGUUCUAGACAGAUAGACAUAAAAUAUACUGUUCUAUUCCGUACUGAAUACGAAGAAGUGGAAGAGAUACAACCAAUCAAAAAAACAAUUUGUAUCAUUUGGUAUGAUGGCAUAUACCCAACUAUCAAAGUAAAACGUACAAUAUCGAUUAAGUGUCCCCUAAUUCUGAGCAAUCACUGCGUGUGGAACAUAACUAAUGUUGAAGAAUUUAAUAAAGGUCUUCAAGAAUGUCGUCAAAACAGACCAUUAAACAUUAAUUUGCAUGCUCCUGAUCUUUGCGUUCGACCUGAUGAUGUUGAGUUUGCUUUCGUACUGGGUUGUUUGUAUUCAGUGCCUGUUCCAUUCAGCUUUCGUAGGGAGAAAAUAUGCGAUUGCGAAAUGGUUGAAGUCCAAGUUGGUAUAUCAACGUAUGAGAUGAGACACACGUGUGUGCACAGGCCUUUAGUUGAAUUAUUUCCUAUGAAUGGAAUUGUUUCGCCCAAUAAUCCUGUACUGUUGCAUAUAAAAUUUAGAUAUUUAUACGAAGGACGGAACGCGCUUUGUUUUAUAAUGACAAUGCCUAACCAAAGAACUUUAAACAUUUUUAUAAAUAUAAAUAUAGUAAGGAGUUCGAAAGGAGUUCUGACUGCUUUAAGAAGAUUGACAUUUCAGGAAGAUUAUUUAACUAUUUUGGAUUGUGGAAGAGUACCGAUUAAUAAUUUGGAUCCUGUAAUAAGAAUUUUAUGGCUUUACAAUCCGACGGAAGUUUUUACAACAUGGCGUCUUUUGCGAGGGAACGCAACUAGCCUCGACACGGUUAUACGUUGCCUGCAAUACUUUGCUGAAGUACCGCCAAUGGAGAAAUUGGCUGUACCCUUCGCUUUCAUGCCAACAGAAAUGAUUGAUUACGAAUUCGUGUUCUAUUGUUCUUUUGGAUAUGAUAUUCUGAAAAUUCUCGUCAAAGGACAAGGAGGGUUACCAAACUGUAUAGAAACCAGGCUUGACAUCCCAUCGUACGUAGAGAAAAACAUUCGAUCUAUGUACAGAAAUGACGUUGUCUAUCUAUCUAAAGAACAUUUGACGAUACCAAUAAUGCCGACACACUCACUUUCAAGGGACAUAAUAGCUAUUAAUAAUGACACCGAUCAUGUUGUGAGAUUUAUUUGGUUGCCAGAACGUAUCGCAAAUAUUGUCAAUGUCGUUAUGACGCCAUGGUGGGGAGUCAUUCAGCCAAAGAGUACGGAAUGGAUUACAUUAACCGUCUAUUCUCUCCAGGAACCUGCGACAUUUACAACAACGGUUACUUGCGAAAUUUUGGAUUUGACUGAACGCAAACGCUAUCAAAAAAAUGAGUUACUAAGAAGAAAUAAGACAGAAAAAUGUAAUCAAGAAUUCGUUUUGACUGAAAAAGGACUAUUCCAUCCUGACAUAAAUGACUGUCCGCCGUAUGUGUUGGAUAUAAAAAAACCUCAACCUUCGUAUUUGGCUAUGACCCUCUCGAUAUCAUCAAAGGGUCAACGAGAUGGGUACACGAGAAUGUUGUUGAAACAAAUGUGGGAACAGCCCCCGCCAUAUGAUUUGUUUUCGUCAGACUUGAAUAGUUACGGUGAUCAAGUAGAAAUUUCUACUGGCAAUAAUAUGACAACAGAGGAUGUAAUAUCAAUCAUUGAUGGUAUUUUAUGGGAUGCUUUGCAUAGCAAAAUGUUUAGAACUCACAUCGAGUUUUACGCCAAGGAGAACAUACCGACUUAUGAGCAUUUAAUCAAAGUUAUGGCCAGUGAUACAAAACCUAAAUUUAGUAGACGAGUGACAUCAGGAAUAUGUGACGCUAUAGUCAAUAAGGCAGUAUUUCAUGUAUACAACUUGAAAACCAAGCACGAGAUGACAAUGUUGGAAGCUGAAUAGAUAACGAUAUAAUUUCAUUCAUUUAUUUCUAAAUAAAAUAAAAUAAAAA